GGCAGAUUCACCACCACACCAGAGAACUGAAAUAUUUACAACUUGACAAGGCUGCCUCAUGUACUCAAACUUCCCACUCAUCCUUAUUCUCCUCCUAUAUACCACAGUGGCAGAGUCCACUUGUCCCGCUGAAUGCAAUUGUAACACAAUCAACAACAAUGUCACCUGUGUAUUCAACAAAACAGAUCUCACCAUCCCAGACUCAAUCCCUAAUGCCACCAGGGUGCUACAAGUCCAGUUCUUGAACCCAAUGCAAACCAGACAGGCAGCAUUGCAGCAAAGUCUUUUUCCGCCGCCAUUAUUCAACCUCAAAGAGUUGGAAUUGAGGAACACUGGAGGAACGCUGGAUAUUAUCCACCCUGUAAAAAACUAUGCUUUUCAAAAUCUGAAAGAACUUCAAAGACUAACGAUCACCAACAGUUCUGUCUUCUACAUUGAACCAAAGGCCUUUCAAGGACUUGAUAACUUGAAGGUACUGGACCUGAGUUAUAACAGACUACACAAUGACAUGACUUCACCGCCAUUUCAUGACCUCGUAGAUCUGACAACGCUGGUUUUGUCGGGAAAUUUACUCACACAAAUUGAGAAUAAUCUGUUUUCCAACCUGCCUACUCUUGAAGUUUUAAACCUUGAAAAUAACAGAAUUCAGAACAUUUCUAUGGACAUUUUACUCCAUCAAAGUCAGACUCUUGAAAAGUUGGACAUCAGUGGAAAUCCACUGAAAGAGUUCGAUUUCGAAAACCUCCAAGUUCUGCACAAUCUGGAGUACUUGGACUUGUCACAAACAGGCAUCAGUGACAUUCCAAAUUUUCUACACAACCUGACAGCCAUGCCCAAUUUGGAAACAUUAGACCUGCGGUACAACAACCUCACCAAGUUGACACGUCAGGAUGCAGACGCUUUAAAACGGAGACAAAUCAAAGUGAUCUUCACUGGGAAUCCAUGGCUUUGCGACUGCUACAUACGUCCACUAUGGGAGAGGCUGAAAGAGAACAGCAAUUUGGUAUAUGGAAAACCCUACUGUGCAUCCCCAGCCUAUGUAAAAGGUCGACCAGUGUCCUCUCUCCAACAGUGGGAGGUUGCAAACUGCAACAUUAUGGCAGGGCGUGCUGUAACUGAUGCUGUGGAUACCAGCGUUGGUAUUAUUGCUGUUGCUGUAUCAUUAUUUUUCAUCCUUGGAGCUGUCCUCAUUUACACAGUAUGGACUUUUAGAAAGACAACAAUGUCUCAGACCAGUGAAAAGAAAGAGCAUUUUCACUUAUUUGGUGCACAGCCUAUUGGACAAAAAUUUGAUAGCAAUGCGACAGGAGAUUCCUCCCUCCCUAUCCUGUCAUUGCUUAAUUCUGAAACUGAUAACCACCUCAACACUAUGGUGGCAGACUCAGAGGUCAUGCAUCAGAACACCAACACUGAAGAAGCUAACAUUCCUUCUGAUUCUAAUCCUGCAGAGACUGAGGAAAGUAAUAACAAUCAACCAGAGACAGAAACCGUGUUUCAAAACCCUGUAUAUGAGGGGCAAGCAGAAAGUGCUCAACAGUUUGUGGAAAAUAACCCUGUUUAUGAGUCAAGUCAAGGCAGUUCAAGUCAAGUCCACAGGGCAUCAAAUGGUAAUCCAAAAAACACUGGAAAUGGAACUUAAUUGAUUGUAGCAUGCCCAUAAAAGACCACUUUCACUUUCUACAACAUUUUGUUUAGUAUUUGCUGUACAUCCAAGAACAAAAAAAGAAAAAUAUUUGACUUAGAGUCCACUUGUAUCACACAUUUUGUAUGUUUAACUACUUUUAAAACUUUUGAUGAAACACAAAUAUCGCAUCUUGUCUACAGUAUAUCAGAUUUUUAUGUAAUCAUUGUAUUAAACUUCUGGUGCAUAUUCGGAUCAUUGAAUGACUUACAUAAUUCAAUUUUACUUGGUAGUUUUUACAAAAGUACUAAAAUACCAUUCAAUACUGUCACUCAGUCAAAACUGCAUAGAAUCCCUAACAAUGUUUUCAAUGGUGAUGUUUAAAAAGUUACUUUUAGUGUUGCUGCAUAUUCAUCAAUACAAAAAAAAAUAAAUAAAUAAAUAAAACAAAAUUCCAUAAUGUAGUAGGCAUUUUUUUCUAAUCAGCAUUUGCUGUUCAAUGCAACUUUGUGUCUCAUGUACAUAAAAAUUUCAUGUCAUCUUCAUGCACAUUGAACAAUAAUGCUCAGUUUAGAAUAUUUCACAAUAAAUGUAUCCAACGUGUACAUUGAUUCAACAACUGUGAUUUUUUCAUAAAGUUUGCCAAGUUCAGCAAGAACUCUACAUUGUGCU